UCCUGGGCAAGCGAAAUGGAGGGGUAUGUGUCUAACCUAAUGGUCUGCAACCUGGCCUACAGCGGGAAGCUGGAGGAGCUGAGGGAGAGCAUCCUGGCCGAUAAAUCCCUGGCUACCAGAACUGACCAGGACAGCAGAACCGCAUUGCAUUGGGCAUGCUCAGCUGGACAUACAGAAAUUGUUGAAUUCUUGCUGCAACUUGGAGUGCCAGUGAAUGAUAAAGACGAUGCAGGUUGGUCUCCUCUUCACAUCGCUGCUUCUGCCAGCCGGGAUGAGAUUGUAAAAGCGCUUCUGGGGAAGGGUGCUCAAGUGAACGCUGUCAAUCAAAAUGGCUGCACUCCCCUACAUUACGCAGCUUCCAAAAAUACGCACGAGAUUGCUGUCCUGCUACUGGAAGGCGGUGCUAAUCCAGACGCUAAGGACCAUUACGAGGCUACAUCAAUGCACCGAGCAGCAGCCAAGGGUAACUUGAAGAUGAUUCAUACCCUUCUGCACUACAAAGCAUCCACAAACAUGCAAGACACUGAGGGCAACACUCCUCUACACUUAGCCUGUGAUGAGGAGAGAGUGGAAGAGGCAAAACUGCUGGUGUCCCAAGGAGCAAGUAUUUACAUAGAAAAUAAAGAAGAAAAGACACCCCUGCAAGUGGCCAAGGGUGGCCUGGGUUUAAUCCUCAAGAGAAUGGUGGAAGAUUAAACAGCUUGAGUUUAUCCUUACUUUAUGUUUUCUCUGUUGUCCCCCAAUGUCCUGGAAGCUGAUAUACUUGU